CACUUUUUUAAUAAGCUUCUUCGUAGACCUGGGACCUCAUGUUUUUGCAGAUUCGUUAACACAAAGAAAGGGAGAAAAAAUUUAUAGUAUACAGUAAACACCAAAAAAAGGUCUGGAUAGUUAGUUACUUAAGAAAAUAUUAAUAGAAUGUAACAUUCUCUGAAAAUGUUUGGUUACUAGGCAAUAUUUGAUAAAGGAUUUGGAGAGAUAAGAAAAUCAAUGCCCAGAAUAGAAUCCCUAUGCAUUUUUAAGUGUAUUUUACAAUCUCCAGGUUACUGCACCCAUUCCCUUUUAUCCAUUCAUUCCAUUCCAGUUACUUUGCAAAUAUCUACUGGAAAUCAAGAAAAGGGCAUUAACUUUGGGUUUCUAUGAGAGAUUUCAUAACUGCAGAGUACAGAUUACAGAUUACAGAGUACAGAUUACAGAGAGCUGGUUUUGUAUUAGUCGUAAUACCUGAUUUUUGCCUGUGACACCUUUGAUUUUGCCCACUCUGGAACCGAGAUAAAAAGUAGUACUACUUGAAACAUGGAAAAAGUAAAAAAGGUUUUUAGGGGUGGUUGCAAUUGUGAUUAUAGCCUUCAAAAGCAAAAUGCCAUUCCAAGAACAAUAUCACUCCGCAAAUCCCCAUCGUCCCUCAUAUUAUUUAUUAUACCUUUCUCUCUCAUCCAAUUAGUGACAGGAAUUUAAGAGGGAAAUUUUCAUUCCAUUAGUUUUUAGUUUUUUACUACAUUUUUUUUUAAUGGCAGAGGCCAAAGGGUCUUGCUUUCUACAGCUUCAAAGAUGACAAUGUGGUGGAGAGUUAUGAUUGAGUGAACCAGACAAAGCUUCCUUGCUAUUACCCAUCAUCACUCCUGGCCUCCUUGGUUAUUAUUUCCCACGACCCAUUAUCCCUUGUGCAUUUUCUUUCCCUUUUGAGCUCUUUUUUGUCUCCCUUUUUUUGAUUGAUUUCCAGUCCUCUCAUGGAAAAAUCAGCUUGCAAGAUUUGUACUUUAUUUUAGGGAUAGUGCUUGGUGCAGUGUAACUUUUACUGAUCUCAAUCUUUCCCCUGAAAAUGUGGGUGACUGAAAUUAAAGAAUGUCGAAGUAGAGCUAUUUCAGGGUGAAAAAGGUUCCAUCUUUUUACCACAGUCCCCCUCCUUUGCUUUUUGAACAUUUCCUUCAAGCCCUUCUCAGAGUUGUAACAGGAAAUCAAUUCAAUGAGGAAGCAUGGAUGGCAGCUUCCUUACCAUCCCUUGCAGGUCGUAGCUGUUGCGGUGUUCCUGGCAUUGGGGUUUGCUUUCUAUGUCUUCUUCGCUCCUUUUGUGGGCAGACAGCAAGUUCAGUACAUUGUUAUGGGGCUUUAUACUCCUCUUAUCAUUUCUGUCUUCAGCCUGUAUAUAUGGUGUGCGGCUUCAGAUCCUGCUGAUCCUGGUGUCUUUAAGUCCAAGAAAUAUGUUAACUUCAAACAUAGCCAAAAUAAACUGCAGCAGAAGCAAUCUAAGCUCGGUGGAGAGUCUACUUCGUCUAUACAAGAUGUAAAAGCUGCAAACAAUGAAAAGUUUAGUCAUGAUGGAAGCAUUAAAGAUGUCGAUGCAAAGUCUGAUCAUACUGCUGGGACUGAGGCCAAAAGUGUACCACAUCCUCAGAAACGGAAUCUCAUGACUCAAUUGGCUUUACUACCUUGUGCCUUUUUCCGUAACUCUUCAUGUUCACAUGAAGAAUCCACUGAGCAACAACUAAGUGAAGAUGGCAUGUUCUACUGCAGUUUGUGUGAUGUAGAGGUUUUUAAGUAUAGCAAGCAUUGUAGAGUUUGUGACAAAUGCGUUGAUCGCUUUGAUCAUCAUUGCAGGUGGCUUAACAACUGUAUUGGCAAAAGGAACUAUCGGAAGUUCUUUACACUAAUGGUUUCAGCUCUCCUCCUGCUUAUACUACAAUGGUCAACUGGAAUCCUUGUACUCAUUUGCUGCUUUCUUGACCGAAAGAAAUUCUCUGUGGACAUUUCAACCAAGCUAGGAAGCAGCUUCACUGUAGUUCCUUUUGUGAUUGUUGUGGCUGUGUGCACAAUACUGGCAAUGAUUGCAACCCUGCCGCUGGCUCAACUUUUCUUCUUUCACAUUCUUCUUAUAAAAAAGGGCAUCAGCACCUAUGAUUACAUUAUCGCUUUGAGGGAGCAAGAGCAACAAGGAAAUGGGACUCAGCAAAGCCCCCAAAUGUCACCUGUUAGUUCCAUCACUGGAUUAAGUAGUGCAAGCUCCUUCAACAAUUUCCACCGUGCUGCAUGGUGUACGCCGCCACGCCUUUUUGUUGAAGAUCAGUAUGAUGUAGUUAAUCCUGAGACUGGAUCUGUAAGUUCACUUGGAAAAAGGAGCAUGGUAGAGGAGCCAGUAAAGAAGAAAAACCCAGUUCCCGUAAAGAUCAGUCCAUGGACAUUGGCUCGGCUAAAUGCAGAGGAGGUGGCAAAGGUUGCUGCAGAGGCUAGAAAGAAGUCAAAGAUUCUGCAGCCUGUAGUAAGGCAGGAAAUGCAGGAUCCCUUUCAGAGGGAAAAUAGUUUUGGCAGUAGCGGGCGCCGAAUGGUUUCGAGGCCAGACAGCAGCAGCAGUAGGAAGCGACCUGGUAAGCGUGUUCGCCUGCCUGCAGAAAUUCCUCUUGAAACUUUGACAAGAGGUUCAAGUGGACCUAUGGGAAUGAAUAUGAGGCACAUGAUGUCUGAUACCUCGACCAGUUUAGCUCCUCUUCACCUUGAAGCACCCAGUGACUUCCGGACAAGUCGAACAAUCUCCGCUUCUACUGGAAUUGUUGCGUCUUCUCCUGAAAGUAGCUUAGAUUCCCCUGAUAUCCAUCCAUUCAGGGCACCUUUGGGAGCUGAAGAAGCAAGACGCCUAGUUGGCCUGUCAUCCGCAAACAUGACUGUUCCUAAGGAACCCCCCUUUUCACGGUCUACUAGUGAUGGAUAUGACGCAUCUGGCGGCGAAGACAGUGACAGAGUCCCUCACAGGAUUAUGCAAAGAUCAUCCGACUGGAGUAGCCUUCUAUUCGGGUCUGAGCCUGAUGACAGGCUUGCCAGAUUGAAGUAUUCGUCGUCAUCUUGGUCAGACAUAAGAAAGUAGGGGUGGAACAUAUCAUUACCCCGACAUUUUUUUAUUUGUUCACCAAGGUUUGUCAACGGAUGAAUGGCGAUCCCCAACGCAAGCCAGAUCAAUUGGCUUUCUUUUUUGUAGAUCCCAGAGUUAUUAUGGGAAAGGAAUGGACAAAGAACUCAAAAAGCUUACCAGUAAUUGUCCAUAGUGAAGCGUGAAUGUCGAAUCUUUAGACUUGAAGGUCAUUCCUAAAUUUUGCGAGGCCUAACAGUCAAGCUCGAGCACUAUCAAUCGAUUCUGUGCCAUAACCUUUUGCUGCUUCUGAUAUGUGCUGGUCACUCUUUCAAAUUUGUAGUUUUCCAUUUCAUGGUUGUCAAUCUGUAUAGAAUGAAGCAGCGUGAACUGUUACCGUCGUGAUCUUCCUUACCAUGGGGUUCUUAUUUCUGAGGAUUAGUGCAUACUUUCUAUGUCCUUCCUGGUAACAGCUUCUGUAGCCUUCCUGUGUUAGCUUAAUAGCUACAAUACCUGAAUAUCUGCCCCAAGAAAUCACAGUGAUGUAAUAAGCAUACUGAAAUGCUUCAUCCCAAUGUUGAAAACUGAUGUGUUUCUAACAAAAAUAUCUUUGUUUAAAAAUUAGAAAAAUGAACUAUUAGAUUACGAUGGAAAAGCACUCUCACUGGGAACCAAAAUGAUUUCAGCAUCUUUGCCUCAAAUACUUUUCGGAAAAUCUGGAUUACAGCCGGUAAAGCUUCUAAUUGCUAAUUUUUAACUGGGGAGGAUUUGAGUAAUG